AUGGCGUCGCCCUCGUCCUCGACGUCGCCCUCGGCCACCUCGACCCCCACCAGCGUGCUGCCAUCGCUGGCGAAGGGCCAGCGCCCCGCCGUCGACGAGCCCCGACAGGAACUGCCGCGCCCCUACAAGUGUCCCCUCUGCGAGCGUGCGUUCCACCGCCUCGAGCACCAGACCCGCCACAUCCGCACGCACACCGGCGAGAAGCCGCACGCCUGCCAGUAUCCCGGCUGCUCCAAGCGCUUCAGCCGCUCCGACGAGCUGACCCGACACUCCCGCAUCCACAACAACCCCAACUCGCGCCGCGGCCACAAGGCCCAGCAGCUGGCCGCCGCCGCCUCCUCCAUGACUGGCAUUGUUGACGCUGGCCAUGCUGCUGCUAUGAUGCCGCCGCCCAGCAAGCCCGUCACCCGCUCCGCCCCCGUCUCGCAGGUCGCCUCGCCCAACGUCUCGCCGCCGCACUCGUACAUCAGCUACACCGCCCACCUGCCCUCCAACCUCAACCCCUACGGCCGCCCAGCUGUUGCUGCUGCUGCUGCUGCCUCCGCCGCUGCCACGACCCCGGACCGUGCCUCCAUGAUGGACAUGAACAUGCUGGCCUCGGCCGCCUACCACGUCGAGCGGGACGACCUGUCACCCUACCACUACACGUCCCCCACGGCCCCGCGCUCUGCGCCGUACCCGGGCGGCCUGCGGCCCGGCCACCACGCGCACCACUCCAUGCACGCGCCCAGCCGCUUGCUGCCAUCGCUGUCGGCCUACGCCAUGUCGCGCUCGCACUCGCAGGACGAGGACGACUACGGCCACCGCGUCAAGCGGUCGCGGCCCAACUCGCCCAACUCCACCGCGCCGUCGUCGCCCACGCUCUCGCACAACUCCCUCUCGCCCACGCCGGACCACACACCGCUGGCCACUCCCGCCCACUCGCCGCGCCUGCGUCCCUACGUCGCCGGCGACCUGCACCUCCCGGCCCUGCGCCACCUCUCGCUGCACCACACACCCGCCCUCGCGCCCAUGGAGCCCUCCACCGAGCCCCCGAGCCACUAUGCCGCCGCCGUCGGCCACGCCCCCACCGGCCCGUCCAUCUCCGACAUCAUGUCGCGGCCCGACGGCACGCAGCGCAAGCUCCCCGUGCCGCAGAUCCCCAAGGUGGCCGUGCACGACGUGCUGCACCCGGGCAGCGGCCUGUCGUCGGGCAACUCGUCGAUCGCCGGCGGGGACCUGGCCGACCGCUACUAG